CCAAUCUUUCUAAAAUCUCUUUCCACGAGCAUGAACAUGACAAUGCCCCUGAAAGCAAUGCUUUUGGUAGCACUUACAUUUCUUGCAAUCACGUGCACUACUUCAACUCGAAUCCUGGAAGAAGUAGAAGAAACACCACAACAACCAAACACUGCCCAAUCCCCAGUUUCAUCCAUUGUCCCUCCACUUGUACCUAUAACCCCUGUUCCGCCACCAAUAAACGCCGUUGACCAUCACCACACACUCUCAUUUUUCAUGCACGACAUUCUCGGAGGCUCCAACCCCUCAGCUCGAGCUGUAACGGGCGUUGUUACGAAUCCAGCUCUGAACGCUCAAGUGGCAUUCGCUAAGCCAAACGGUGCAAACCUUCCUCUCAACGGCGGCCUUCCCCAGAACAACAACAAUGGCGGAAUUCUUAACAACAACAACCUUCCCUUCCUCACCGGACUGGGCGGUACCACAGGGAACGUCUUCAACAACAAUGGCAACAACUUUGGCAACGGAGGGAUUGGUUUCCCGGUAACCAACACGAAUCAGCUCCCAGAAGGAAUGACUCUGCAAAAGAUAAUGUUUGGAACAAUGAUUGUGUUUGAUGAUGAACUGACGGAAGGACAGGAAUUGGGUUCAGGUUUGGUGGGAAAAGCACAAGGCUUUUAUAUAGCCAGCUCUGUGGAUGGAACAAGCCAGACAAUGGCUUUCACUGCCAAGUUUGAAGAGAAUGGUUACGUCGACAGUCUCAGCUUCUUUGGUGUCCAUCGAACGCAAGUCUCUGAGUCCCACAUCGCCAUCAUUGGAGGAACCGGAAAGUAUCUGAACGCAGAAGGGUAUGCCAUCAUAAAAACUUUUCCGGUUAGCGGUCAGCAACACAAUACCGAUGGAGUUGAGACUCUGUUGCAGCUCACUGCAUAUCUUGCUUAUUAGCCUCCUCUCACUCAUUCUUCUUUUAAACUUACAAUCACUGCAACCUUGUCUGUAUUUCCUGUGUGAGAGCAUAUUGUGCUUUUCAAAAACCAAUGUUCACGAAUUACACUGUUAAAUGUUAUUUUCCCUUCACAAUUUCUAUUGUUCUCUACUAUAAUACUUUCUUAAUUUUGUCAAUCAGA